CUAAAGCUAACCUCUGGCUUUAUAUGAGUAAGAUUAGGAGCUACCGAAAAAUUAGAAUAUAAGAAAUGCUUCUUGGCUCGGUGCUUGGGGCUCAAGCGGCUAAGGUGCCAGCCACAUACACCUGAGCUGGAAGGUACGAAUCCAGCCUGGGCCUGCCAAACAACAAUGAUGGCUCCAACAAAAAAUAGCCGGGCGUUGUGGUGGGCGCCUGUAGUCCCAGCUACUUAGGAGACGGAGGCAGAAGAAUCGCUUGAGCCCAGAAGUUGGAGGUUGCUGUGAGCUGUAAAGCCAUAGCACUCUACCCAGGGCGACAGCUUGAGGCUCUGUCUCAAAAAAAAAAAAAGAAAGAAAGAAAGAAAUGCUUCCACCCUCAAAUACUCUUCCAUGUUACCCAACCCCCCCUUCGAGAACCACGUGGGGAGAACUAUUUUCCACCCCCUACCCCGACGGCCGCUGUUCCAGGCUGGUCCCUGGAGCAUGCGCAAUGACUCCUCACCCCACCCCUCCCCACACCCCCACUGGGCUCCUGCUUUCAGCCCAGGGUUCGUAGCCGCAGUUAGGAUCGGGCACCUGGGGGCGGGCGGGCACAGUAGGGCCAUGGCUGAGGGUGAGGAUAUGCAGACCUUCACUUCCAUCAUGGAUGCACUAGUCCGCAUCAGUACCAGCAUGAAGAACAUGGAGAAGGAACUUCUGUGCCCAGUGUGUCAAGAGAUGUAUAAGCAGCCGUUGGUGCUGCCCUGCACCCACAACGUAUGCCAGGCCUGUGCCCGGGAGGUUUUGGGCCAGCAGGGCUACAUAGGCCAUGGUGGGGACCCUAGCUCUGAGCCUACCUCUCCUGCGUCCACCCCUUCCACUCGCAGCCCCCGCCUGUCCCGCAGAACUGUCCCCAAGCCAGACCGCUUGGACCGAUUGCUUAAAUCAGGCUUUGGGACAUACCCCGGGAGGAAGCGGGGUGCUUUGCACCCCCAGACGAUCAUGUUCCCAUGCCCAGCCUGCCAGGGUGAUGUGGAGCUGGGAGAACGGGGCCUGGCGGGCCUUUUCCGGAACCUGACCCUGGAGCGUGUUGUGGAGCGGUAUCGCCAGAGUGUGAGUGUGGGAGGCGCCAUCCUGUGCCAGCUGUGCAAGCCCCCACCACUGGAAGCCACCAAGGGCUGCACCGAGUGCCGUGCCACCUUUUGCAAUGAGUGCUUCAAGCUCUUCCACCCCUGGGGUACCCAGAAGGCCCAGCAUGAACCCACCCUGCCCACCCUCUCCUUCCGCCCCAAGGGACUUAUGUGCCCAGACCAUAAGGAAGAGGUGACCCACUACUGCAAGACAUGCCAACGGCUGGUCUGCCAACUCUGCCGGGUGCGGCGCACCCACAAUGGUCACAAGAUCACGCCAGUACUCAGUGCCUACCAGGCCCUCAAGGACAAGCUGACAAAGAGCCUGACAUACAUCCUGGGAAACCAGGACACGGUACAGACCCAGAUCUGUGAGCUGGAGGAGACUGUCAGGCACACGGAGGUGAGUGGGCAGCAGGCCAAAGAGGAGGUAUCACAGCUGGUGCGGGGACUGGGGGCUGUGCUGGAAGAGAAGCGGGCAUCACUGCUUCAGGCCAUUGAAGAAUGCCAGCAGGAGCGGCUGGCCCGUCUCAGCGCCCAGAUCCAAGAGCACCGAAGCCUGCUGGACGGCUCGGGUCUGGUGGGCUAUGCCCAGGAAGUGCUUAAGGAAACAGACCAGCCUUGCUUUGUGCAAGCGGCCAAGCAGCUGCACAACAGAAUUGCCCGAGCUACUGAGGCCCUCCAGACGUUCCGGCCGGCGGCCAGUUCUUCCUUCCGCCAUUGCCAGCUGGAUGUGGGGCGGGAAAUGAAGCUGCUGACAGAACUUAACUUCCUGCGAGUGCCUGAGGCUCCUGUCAUUGACACCCAGCGUACCUUUGCCUACGAUCAGAUCUUCCUAUGCUGGCGGCUGCCCCCCCACUCACCGCCUGCCUGGCACUAUACCAUUGAAUUCCGGCGGACAGAUGUGCCCCCCCAGCCAGGUCCCACCCGAUGGCAGCGGCGGGAGGAGGUGAGGGGCACAAGCGCCCUGCUUGAGAACCCUGACACCGGCUCUGUGUAUGUGCUGCGUGUCCGUGGCUGCAACAAGGCCGGCUAUGGCGAGUACAGCGAGGACGUGCACCUCCACACGCCCCCAGCCCCUGUCCUGCACUUCUUUCUUGAUGGCCGUUGGGGCACCAGCCGAGAGCGACUGGCCAUCAGCAAGGACCAGCGAGCAGUACGGAGUGUUCCAGGGCUACCCCUGCUGCUGGCUGCUGACCGGCUGCUGACUGGCUGUCACCUGAGCGUGGAUGUGGUCCUGGGCGAUGUGGCUGUGACCCAGGGCCGCAGCUACUGGGCCUGUGCCGUAGACCCAGCCUCCUACUUGGUCAAGGUGGGAGUCGGGCUGGAGAGCAAACUUCAGGAGAGCUUCCAGGGAGCCCCCGAUGUGAUCAGCCCCAGGUACGAUCCAGACAGUGGGCACGACAGUGGCGCCGAGGAUGCCACAGUGGAGGCGUUGCCACCCUUCGCUUUCCUAACCAUCGGCAUGGGCAAGAUCCUGCUGGGGUCUGGGGCAAGCUCAAAUGCAGGGCUGACAGGGAGGGACGGCCCAGCAGCCAGCUGCACAGUGCCCCUGCCACCCCGCUUGGGCAUCUGCCUGGACUACGAGCGAGGCCGCGUGUCUUUCCUGGAUGCUGUAUCCUUCCGUGGCCUCUUAGAGUGUCCACUGGACUGCUCAGGGCCUGUGUGCCCUGCCUUCUGCUUCAUUGGGGGUGGUGCAGUACAACUACAGGAGCCAGUGGGCACUAAGCCUGAGAGGAAGGUCACCAUUGGGGGCUUUGCCAAGCUGGACUGACCUUUCCAGGCCCUCUUCCAGACCUGGGGCCCUCCUGGGCCCUGAACCCUGAUCCUCCAGGUUGUCAUCCCUAAACUCUUCCCACCAUGUGGUCCUGCCUCUUAUCCCAUGUCUGUGUCUUCCCAAGGUUUUCUUUUGACCACGGGGCUCUCCUCUGCUCACCACUCUGGCUGUCCCCUAUUCUCCCCACUGCCUGCUAGCCCAGGCCCCACCAUCACUGCCCCAUGCCCUGCCUUUGACAUCUUACCCAAGUCACAAUGAGAGCCUUCUCCAUCCCUGUCCUGUACCCCUAGGCUAAUUGGGAGGGAGGGCACUUGGAACACUGGGCAUGAUCCCCAACUCUGCCCUUUGCCAUGCUGAGCUCCCUGCCCCAUUGAUGCUGAACUGCAGCCUUGGGGCAGGCAGGCUCUCUGGAUGGACAUUGUCCAGGUACUCCCUGGUGAAGGAGAGGGGACCCUGUGAUUCUGCUCUUAUUUAUUUGGGUUCCCAUGCCCCCCAGCAGCAUGCCCCUUAUGUCCCACAUCUCUCCCUUGCAUGCUUCACCUAUCCCUCACCCAAGCCAAUGUGCCAAGUCUCCCUUGGGGACCCAGCUGAGACUGAGUGCCCCAUUGGGUUGGGCCAGGCAAGGCCUCUGGUGCCCCUGCUGCCGCUCUGCGAGGCCUGUGCCCAGCAGUGGCUGUUAUUUUCAUGGUUUCUAAACAAUAAACUGUGAUGCCAGGCACAUCUCUACAUUCCUUGA